AUAAACAAACAAGGAAAAGAAAGGUAGCAAAGACAAAAGGUUCUCAAACUCCAUUAUUAUUCAAACUGAUCUCUCUUGCACAAGAUUUGGGGUUUCUCGAUCUACUUAAUCCUAAGUAAGAGGGCCUCUCAAAGCUUCUACGACGACUUGUUUGGGAGCUUCAAAUAAGAAGAGAAAGGAAAGAGAUCGAAAGGGAAAUUUUCUCUGAAGGCAUGAAUAGAGGCCGUGUUUUGCAGAGCUCACCGGUGCAACAAAUGAUGGCCGGAAACCCUAACUUGUGGAAUAUCAAUGGCAUGCGCCCACCGCCACAGCCGUCUUCUCCUUUCUUGCCUACUCCUGCAAAUUGUUUACCCCAAUAUACACCCACUUCUUCUUCUUCUUCACUUCCCAUUCAUUCUUGGCAUGAUAGCCAGGAGCUUCCAGAGUCUUGGAGCCAACUACUCUUGGGGGGAUUAGUUGGUGAAGAUGAUAAGCUUAGCAUGAGCCAGUUUCAACCUAAGAGGUUAAUGGAGAAUUGGGAGGACCCAGUUCUAUGUCAAGCUUCAAAGGCUUCUGCUGUGAAUAUUAAGAAAGAACAUCCCGCAAGCAGCUAUAUGUAUGGAAAUGGAACUCAUGAGGAGUUUGAAGAAGCAAAACCUAACUGGUCUCAAUUAAUGCCUGCAGCUUCAUCUCCAAAGUCUUGUCUGACAAGUUUCAGCAGUAAAAAUAUGCUGGAUUUUUCUAGCAACAACAGAUCGAAAGAUGGGAGGCUCCCACCACCCGAUCGAUCUUCUGAGGGUAACAGCACUGCAACUGGUGGGGCACUCAAGAAAGCUAGGAUUCAACCUUCUUCAACCCAAACUACCUUCAAGGUGAGGAAGGAGAAAUUAGGUGACAGAAUAACAGCUCUCCACCAGCUAGUAUCUCCAUUCGGAAAGACUGACACAGCCUCUGUGUUGUUAGAAUCUCUUGGGUACAUCAGAUUCCUUCAGAGUCAAAUUGAGGCCCUCAGCUUACCUUACUUUGGUGGUGGAUCAGGAAACAUGAGGCAGCAAAAUUCUGUUCAAGGAGAGAGGAAUUGUAUAUUUCCUGAAGACCCUGGUCAGCUGCUGAAUGACAACUGUAUCAAGGGGAAAGAGGCACCUCAUGAGCUGCAGGAUCGUCAUAAAGAGCCAAAUAAAGACCUGAGGAGUAGAGGGUUGUGUCUGAUUCCAGUGUCAUGUACGCUGCAAGUUGGGAGCGACAAUGGAGCAGAUUAUUGGGCUCCCGCUCUCGGCGGGGGCUUCCAGUAGAUCAUCAUCAUCGUGGAUUUUCAAGUUAAUUUGCAGCACACAAAGAUCGAUCACUACUUCACAGAAACGAUAUAACAUCAUUAGCAGUCACUCUGCUAAAAUCUAAGGCUGAUUGCUCAUGAUGCUAUACAAUCUUCGACUCUAUUCGUACAAAUGUGCUGUAAAUUAUGUGGUUAGGAUUUGUAAGUCCUUAAUCAAUUUAUGCCAAUCACUCUUUAUAUAUAUAUAUAUAUAUAUUCCUCGCUACAUUAAUGGUUUCCUUUGUA